GCAUGUUAUUCUCUUGAAAAUAUAUGCUGUAGUGUGACAGAAAACGCUAUGCUGGUGUGUUAAGUGCAUGGAGUGUGUUAUGGCUCCUAUCCAUGGUCCACACAGGAGAGGACCGCAAAUGGCACCUGCACUCCAAACUAACGUUAACUCACUUGCGCUGGCGACUCCACUACGAAGCUGACAUGUCAUGUUUGAACAUGCCAGUGCAUGAACUAGGUGGCUUUUUCUCAAAUUUAGCGGGGGGGUUAGGGGUGCAUAUGAAAAACGCCCCCAGAGGAUCGCGUUUUUUCAUUGAGUGGGUUGCGAAAUGAAGCCUCCGCUCGUUGCUAUAAUGUGCAUCAUUCGCGUGUUCAAAUGAAUAUUCCCUAUUUCGAAAAAAACGAGGGCGAAUUUAGGUGGAGAUAAGCUAAAAUAAUGAAUGUUCCAACGAGGUAAACGCAAAGAUGAAAAAACCUUGAGGAGGAAUUACGGAGCGGUUUGGAGAUCAAACAGGUGAUUUUGUUGUUGCUGAGAUCUGCCCUGUGUACCACGGAGCAGAAAACACCUCCCUUCCCCAAUGAGUCUCUAGACAUCACAAGAUUCCCUCCGUUGUUACAGGCGUUAACUAUAGUUCCGAAGAGGUGGAGUCAUAUUCUGCAUUUUUGAAAUCUAACAUUUUUAGACUUUCUCACUCUAUUGCCAAACAAACUGCUCCCACAGACCAGCAGUGGUGUCGCGCCUCGCGCUCCCGAUCUUCGGCCAAUGAGAGAAGAGCCCCUUGGACCACCCUUUCUGCAUGUUGGGUGCAACACCACCAGAGGACACAUUGUAAAAAAAAAAGCAUUAAAAGCCCUUAGGCGGAUCUUCCUCUACCUGAACCAACCAGCGCGCAGCACCUUUAUCUCCUCGCGCUCCGACGUGGCCCCGCCCUCUCUAAAACCUGCGGGUCCCAUCUGCCUCGAGCAUGACGGUUGCCACUAGCGACCCUGCGGACGAGGCAGCAGCCCAUCCGGGUCAGCCUCACGACCUGUAUGACCCAGAGCUGGAUCACGAAUGCUGUGAGAGGGUCGUCAUCAACAUCUCAGGCUUGCGUUUUGAGACACAGCUCAAAACUCUCUCCCAAUUUCCAGAGACGCUGCUGGGGGAUCCCAAGAAGAGGAUGAGGUAUUUUGACCCUCUCCGCAACGAAUACUUUUUUGAUCGUAAUCGACCAAGUUUUGAUGCCAUUCUGUACUAUUACCAAUCAGGAGGGAGAUUGCGACGGCCCGUUAACGUGACCCUGGACAUUUUUUCUGAGGAGAUCCGAUUUUAUGAAUUGGGUGAGGAAGCUAUGGAAAUCUUCAGGGAGGAUGAAGGUUUCAUAAAAGAGGAGGAACGGCCUCUGCCGGAGAACGAGUUUCAGAGACAAGUCUGGUUGCUGUUUGAGUAUCCAGAGAGCUCGGGUCCUGCGCGCAUUAUUGCUAUCAUCUCCGUCAUGGUGAUUCUUAUCUCUAUUGUCAGCUUCUGCCUGGAGACAUUGCCAGUUUUCCGAAAUGAUGAUGAGGAGAUGUACAAUUAUCAAUUCCAGUCCAUGUCCAAUGCCACCUAUACCUAUGAUAACUCAGCUUAUUUUAAAGACCCUUUCUUCAUCGUGGAGACCCUGUGUAUCAUUUGGUUCUCUUUUGAGUUCCUCGUUAGGUUCUUUGCCUGUCCCAGUAAAGCUGGAUUUUUUGGCAACAUCAUGAACAUCAUUGAUAUUGUGGCAAUCAUCCCCUACUUCAUCACCCUGGGUACAGAGCUAGCAGAGAGGCCAGAAGACGGCCAGGCAGGACAGCAGGCCAUGUCUUUGGCUAUUCUCCGUGUCAUUCGUCUAGUGAGGGUGUUUCGUAUCUUUAAACUCUCCCGUCACUCCAAAGGGCUCCAGAUCCUGGGCCAGACUCUGAAGGCUAGUAUGCGUGAGCUAGGCCUCCUCAUAUUCUUCCUGUUCAUCGGCGUGAUCCUCUUCUCCAGCGCUGUCUACUUUGCAGAAGCAGACGAGCCAAAUUCCCAGUUCAGCAGCAUCCCUGAGGCCUUUUGGUGGGCAGUGGUUUCCAUGACCACAGUGGGCUAUGGAGACAUGGUCCCAACAACCAUUGGAGGGAAGAUUGUCGGAUCUCUCUGUGCAAUUGCCGGUGUGUUAACUAUUGCCCUGCCUGUACCUGUCAUCGUGUCAAACUUCAACUACUUCUACCACAGAGAGACAGAGGGUGAGGAACAGGCACAGUACCUGAAUACCCCGAGUGUGCCUAAAGCCAGCUCAGCUGACGAUCUGAAGAAGAGUGGUCGGAGCGGCAGUGGGUCCACUCUCAGUAAAUCUGAAUACGUGGAGAUCCAGGAGGGUGCAAACCACAGCACUGAGGACUUCAGACCAGAUGGCAUGAAAACAGGAAACUGUACACCGGCCAACACUAACUAUGUAAACAUCACUAAGAUGCGUACAGAUGUGUAAUACGACCAUACAUGGUUAACUCCAGCUGGGGUCUGCAAGGGGAGGAUUAUGGUGGGGUUCCAUGAAUUGAAAAACACGGAGCGCCCAACAUGGUAGUCCAGAGCAGAUUAAUGGGUUUAUCUUGGGGAAAAGGUCAGUCAAGAGGACCUCUUGAUGGCACUCAUCUUGUGGACCAUCAGCGCAUAUCACAGAGUUGCUGUCUCUCUUGUUUAGGACAUUAUCUGCAUAGAGUUAGUCUUACCUGUGUGACACGCUGCUCGGUAGCCAAACAGUAGCCGAACCAGUAAUAACCAAUAUUAACAGUGUAAAGGGACCACUAGUUUAUCUUUUAUUGCUCAAACUGCCGCGGGGGGGGGAGUUGCACGAUAACAACGAUCUACAUCAAUGGGACAUUUAUUUUUAAACGUAACUUUACUUAUUAACUUGUGAUUAAAAACAGGCCAUUUUAUCAGGAUUAAUGAGCUUUAAUCUGCCACUCCAACUGCCAAGGACCUGAUUGAGAGAAAAACAAAGUCAACAACAAAGUAUCUCCUCUGUCUGGGCAUAUCUAAAUAGUACUUCGGCCAUCUUUAGAUUUUACCCAGCAGACGCUAGUAAGUCCUGUUGAGAACAACAGAUAGAGGAUGUUCUUUGCUGUGUUACCAAACCACACCGGCACACCUUUUCUGCUGACAUUUUUCUUCAAUGAAGCUCAAGUGGAUUUACAGUAAGAACACUCUUAUUGCCAAGACUUUGCCUUUUUUGUUAGCAGGUGGACAAAAGAAAUGUCUCAGUAAACAGAGUGAAUGUUUAUUUAUUGAUGUGAAUUUUUUUUAGUGAUACAAUGAAUGUGUGCUUCUUAUCUACAUUUUUCUGUGAUACGUCAUGUAGAAGGAUAGUGAAUGUUUUCUCUGCGGCAUUCUCAUUGAGUGCCUAUUUUUUCAUCCUCAUAACUUUACCUUGAAGUGUCUCAAUAGGCCCCACCUUGGUCCACUGUAACUUAUUCAGUUAAACACCACUGCCGAGCAUACCUACUAGGUGUCCUUUACUUCAUAGCAUUCCACGUUUGUUGAAAUAUAUCAAAUAAGAUUGAGGAUCAAAAUAUAAUUGAUUUCAACCAGGUUUAAGUUUUUCUACGAAAGUCUCCAAAAUCUGUCCAAAAUUGACAAACUUAGCCUGCUUCUUGAACAAGCUAAUUGUUGAUAGCUAAAUGAAUAGAUCCCCAAAGACCUCCCGGCAUACUGUCUCCUGGAUUGUAGAUUACAACAGCAUAUCUGUGUGAUAGUACAGUCUAAAUUAUUCCAUUCGCUCCUUGUGCCCAAAUAAUCCAGGAGCGAUAUUGUGUCCUCCAUGGGCCUUUUAUCGUACAGCUACUCUGCUAGUGUAGUGCUGCAUGGCCUUUGAAGUAUUCACUGAAGCAUGAAUUAGUAUUCAUACUAUUUGAAAAGCCAAUUGGCAUCAAUAUAUUACUAUAUCUCUACUGCAGCUAUGUGCAAAAACAGUUUGCUCUAGAAGUAUGUCAUGCUUUCCAUGAGCAUUAUUAACUGAAAUAUUGUUGAGUCCCAAUCCAUGUGAGUGGCUUACCUUGAGAAGGUUGCGUGUUCAUGGGAGGAUUUAACUGUCCUGAAUAUAAAGAGAGAAGUUUAACACGGGGGUAAAAGGAGAAAGUUUGAGAGGAGACAAGAGUCCAAAUCCACCGUCCAGGCUCAAGAUCAGCGAUGGCUAAGUAUUUCAUCAACAUUUCAGAGGUUAACUACUGCUAACUUAAGCUCUAACGUCGUCAUAGUCAGUUGCAGUGACAAACCAGUAACAGUGUCUUGUAGUGAAAGCACAACAACAGCUACUACUAUAUCUACUGCCAGCUCAAUGGAUUCACAGAUUCAAACAGUCCUUUGGGCAGACCUUUUGUCCAGCCAAGUACAUUAUAACACUCCAUGGGAUUGUGCAAUUAUCUCUGAUAUAUAGGCCCAUCAUGCUAAGUGUGCAGUGUUGUCUGUGUGUGUGUGUGUGUCUGUGUGUUUAAUGCGUUUGCGAGCGAAGAACAUGAAAGAGAUUGCGAGGAAUGGAGAGCUUUUAGACAUUAGCAGUUAUCUGAAACACUCGUCUACUUUACCCCAGGUCCGGUGCUAAGUAUGUUCUACUCCAUAGCACACUGUUUACACCCUGUGUAUAUCUCCGGCACGUGCAUGUAGUACAUUAAAAAGACAAGGACACUGCAAGGAAUGUCCUGCCACACGCACUGGAGAUGAGAUCUAUGAAAAUGAGUUGACUUGUGAGAUAAGCUGCAGUAUCAGCCGAGUACUGGGGAUUGAAAGGAAGAGAAGAAAGGUUGGGAAGGAAAAAUACGAUAAUGAAAGUAAACACUGGCCACACCCUCUUUUGCUGUUUUAUCUGAUGUGUUUGUGUGUUCUUCUCAAAUGUUCUUGUGUACUGGAGCGCCUAUGUAACUUUAUGUGGCUUCAAAGCGCGGCCUGGACUUUCAUUUCCACUCUCGUUACCAAGGACUAUUGUGAAUAGACAGAAAACGCCUUGAAGAAACCAACAGCACAGCAAGUCAGCAUCGUCUGGACCAGGGAAAAGAUAUCUUUGCAGCAUUUCUGCUGUAAUCCACUCACAAAUAACAUUUGAGGACAAACAUACACACAAGCUGGACAGUUGAACACAUUCAGUCGGUGUACACACACACACUGCCUGUGAUGGUCCCACCUGUAUCACGACAGAAAGCCAAAUCGAACUUGAAGGCAACAAAGUGAUUGGUCUUAAACCCACUACUGAUGGUUACCGCACGUAGCCAUGUAGAUAAUGUGUUUAAGAGUUAGAGCUGCUUUCAAUGAUGUCUUGAAAUGCCUAAAGCGUCAACUUUAAAACUAUCUUGUGCAGAUUCCUGUGUAGCAGGGAGUCAACAUGUAUGCUUGCUGAAUUAAUACAGUUUUACAUAGGAAAAUUGUCUCUUAGGUUUGAACUGCUCCAAGGACAAAGGAUGGAAGUAUUUAAAAAAAUCCCAAAGUAAAUAUGAUUUCUAUGAGAACUUUAACUUAUUUGUGUCAUCAGACACUGUGUACAUGGAGUGCUUGUUUUUCUAUUUGACUGUUAUUAAUGGCUCACUCGGUGCAGGGGCUGAGGUUUGACUAAAACACACACGCAGGCCUUAGUCAACUAGAUUCUGUCUUAAUGCUUUAACCAGACAACCACUUCUUCUUACUUUACGUCCUCGGGCUUCUUCAACCACCACAUUGCUAUUUGUCAGAAAUAAUGUGUGUAUUUUAAAAAACCUGUUGAGAAAAAAUACUAAACUAUGAAGCAAACUGCCUUACAUAAAGAAAGAUCUGAACGCUUGUCAUGUCCUUCAUAAGGAACUUCAAUGAAUAUAAAUGGAUUUACAUACGUACUAUGGAUAAUAUAUCACUAAAACAUCUUUAUUAUAACAUCAACCUCUGUUAUGUUUUUUCUCGUGUGAUCUAAAGGUCCUUUAGUUAAGAUUUUGGAAGAAAAUGAAAAGAUUUGCCAUCUUACAUUAAUAGUGGAUUCAGAUCAGCUUUUCUCAUGAGGUUAUAUUAUCAGGCUAACCCAAACCACCUUAUUCUUUUUCUAUUAUGUCCUUCACAAUAAUAAUAAUCUUUGUGUGUCUGAUCUGCACAUAUUUAAACAGAAAAUGAUGCCACCAACUCUAAAUCAGUGACGGUUUACGUUUUAUGAAAUUCACUAUGGGAGGCCAACCGCAGAAAGUUGCUUCACACUGAGUCCCUACACAAAAAGACAAUUGCUUUUAAAAAUACUAACUACCAAAUGAUUUAAUAAAUGAACAUCUCUUUUAUGAUUUUUAAGCGUGAAUGCAAUGGCCCGAUGUAAAAGCUAUUUAUCAGUUUAUAAAAUAUCUACACUGCGGUUACAUGUGAAUACAACAAGGCUGUAACAGACGAAAAGGUGCAAUGGUAUGUUUAAUUUAGCCAACAAUUGUACAAUAAUUUAUAAUGGGACAAUUAAAAGCUUUUAAAGUUAGGGAAGUACUAACUAGCAGCCUUAGCCCAUCGCACCAAAAAAGAAAAUACUGAAAUAGAAAUGAAAUGCAAAAAUACUAACUCAUUUACAGGUUUCAGGAGUCAUUCGUGCAGCAUAGACGCUAUACGGUCAUGAGAAAGAAGAGGCACCAUUAAAAUGUAUGAAUGCAUCGCUUCAGCAGCUGUUCUUGUGUCCAUUAAAGAUGGAAUAUUUGAAUUGAAUAUGAA